CACUACAGAGAGAAGGAAGUUUUGUUGUAGGUUAAGAAAUUCAUGAAUCUGUAUCGUACUAAUUCUCAGAUUGCGUGGUCUUCUGAAUUGUUUUAUAUCAAAUCUCUGUUGAUUAAGAGAGAAUUUAUGGACAAUGCACCAGAGGAGUAUACAUUUUUCUUCAUUUCCUCUCACUCAUAGAUUCCUUUCAUAAUCAAAUGGUUUGACUUUAGCUGAUUAAAUUAAAGGGUAAAUAAAAGUACCCUCUUUGUUUACUUUUCUUAUUUUUUCAUUGGUUGAUUUUAUCUUUAAAUCAAAUGAAUUGUGAGAGUGUUAAAUAAUUUCCGAUGAUUUGGGGAGAAUGAAUUCAGAAUAAAUGCUACAGUUAGGGUACUUCAGUUAGUUAUUUACUUACUGACAUUUGACUGAGAAUAAUCUUGUGUUUGGACAGUCAUUUAUUGCCUUAAAUACAAGAAAGUAUUGAAAGUGGUCUAAAAAUAUUGUUUAAGUUAAGUCAUGUCUAUCCCUAUCCUCUUGUCUUGUCAGCCAUUAUUUUUAAUCGCUAUUAAAGUUUGAAAGCUGAUUGUGUACAAGGUACUUCAAGUACAGAAUCAUCGGAAUGUCGAGUAUAAUGGCUGCUGCCUUGUAUUUGUUUUCUUAUGCUGCAAAAAAAGUUAAUGAACAAAUCAAUAUAUGCAAGAAAUAAACCUUGAUUUAAGAGCCAUAAAAGGCUACCGUUUACUCAACUUGUGGAGGAACAAUUUGUAAUUGUGCCACACACUUGCUUGCAGGUGUCAAAUGACUCUUCAGUCCUUUAUUCCACAGUGGGCUCUUUAAUUAAUUCCUUGUAUAAAUUCUUCAGUGUUUAUUUAAAGUAUAUGUAUUAAGGUUUAUAAAGUUUAAAGAUAAAAUAUGAUACCAAGGCUUUUGUAUCUGGGAAUUAAUUGUUUGGUCGAGUUUUUCACCAUUAUGUGAGACAAUAAGCUGUUGUUAUUUCAGUUCCUACAUCAAGAAUACCCACAUUUUCUUAAUCCCAAUGUAAAAUUCUUCUAUUUGGAGAGCAUGUCGGUGUGGGGCAAAAAAUACAAGCUUCACAGUUCAGAGUGUCAAAGGCUGACUUUAAUAUCACUCGAUCAUAGAUCAGAGUGUGAAGUCGCCUUGGUUUUGGAAUAUAUACCUCCAGUGUUGUUGGUCUGGCCUGUCCAUAUCAUUUAAUGUCUGCAAUUACUAGCCGAUCUAUUGAAUUCUCUCUCUCUCUCCAUAAGAUGGAAUUGUAUAGUUGACAGUGUAAUUAAUAUUUGAUUAGUUGGUUUGAUUUGUGCACUGUUCUAAUGGAUUGUUUGUUGGUGAUUUAUUUACAAUUUCUGAACAGGGAGUGAGUGGUGUAUCAAUUUACCGGGUGUUCACAGUAAAGUGUGAAAAGUCUACUGUGUUAAAGAUCCUAACUCAAGCAAUUGAUGAAACGUCAGUAAGAUAUUGAAGUUUGAAGACUUGGAUGUGCCUUCCAGCUUUAAAACCCAUAAAAACAAUGAGAAGAAUUGAUUAGCCAGAUUUGUAAUAGAGGAGAGUGAAAUGUUAUUGUUCUCUAUGGACAAGCAAGGAUCAGCCUGCUUCAGUGAGACCAUUACACUGGGAUCUGUGUGUCUCUUUAUGAGAAAUUGACCUGAAGUAACUAAUGGCACUUUUAGGAUUUACCAGAUCUAAUAUACCUGUCAAGGUACCACUUAUUUCAUCGUAACUCCCUGGAUUCUAUAAUGUAAUAGCCAGGAUCCCAAUCUAUUGUAACAUCAGUUAGGAUUUCAACACUGUGUUACUGCCAGGAUCCCAAUAUAUUGUAACAUCUCUCGGGAUUUCAACCCUUCAUUACAGCCAGGAUCCCAAUCUAUUGUAACAGCUGUCAGGAUUAAAACCUUUGUUACAGCCAGGAUACCUAAUGCUUCUGUAACAGUCAGAAUCCCAAACUAUUUUAGCAGUUGUCGGGAUCCCAAUCCAUUUAGAAGAGUCUGGAUACAGAUUCAUUGCUUCUGUGGAUGAACUGUCAUGGCUAAUUAUUUGGACUGUGAUCCAGUGAAACAUCAGUAUGUUAAUCUAGUGACAUUGUCGAAACAUUAACUUCUUGACCAGAAGCUGGUGAUGGCAGACAUAAACUUCACCGUGUCCAGAAAGGACCUUCACUCGGCUCUUAGGAGAAGUGGAAUCGGGGGCCUGGUAUUCCGACAGAGCCCCCUGAAUGCCAACCUCCAGCAGCGGUCCAACCGGCUGAAUGCUGAUGGCAGUAAAUACCAAUCGUCCUCCCAGCACAUCUCCACCAAACAGAGCACCGCCGGGGCGGUACCCACCCACCACUCAACCCAGAACAAGCACAAGUCAGGCGUCUCCUACACAGAGGGUGGUAAGCUGGUAGCUGCUGUAGCCCCCACCACCACACUCCCUCAGCUGAGCAACCAGAAUGAGUUAAAGAACUCGCACCAGAAGCAGCACCAUGAUAACGACGCUAACACGCUGCCGCAGCUCAACAAGAAGUCCGAGUCGUACACCCGCCAAAGUUCCUAUUCCACCAUCAACACGGGUACCCCCGACAGAACCAAGAGGGACGCGUACGGCAACAAGCUGCCAAUGACUCCCGGGGAGGCAUUAAAGCAGUUCAGAAGUAAAUUGACAGCUUUUGAGCAGACAGAGAUCUUAGAUUACCCAGAAAUCUGGUUCCUUGGUCUUGAGGCCAAGAAGAUCGAAGGUGUUCCGGGCGGAGCUCAGAACAAUGGCUACGAUGAUGAGAAUGGCUCCUACAUCAAGGUCAUGCAUGACCACAUGGUGUAUAGAUAUGAAAUUCUCGAAGUGCUGGGUAAAGGCUCAUUUGGUCAAGUGGUCAAAUGCUAUGACCACAAGACAGAUCAGAUGGUCGCUGUCAAAAUUAUCAGAAAUAAGAAAAGAUUUCACCACCAAGCUCUGGUCGAAGUCAAGAUUCUGGACGCACUCCGUCGGCGAGACAAAGACAACCAAUUCAACAUCAUCCACAUGGGAGAAUACUUCUAUUUCCGCAAUCAUCUCUGUAUCACAUUUGAACUCAUGGGGAUGAACUUGUAUGAAUUAAUCAAGAAGAACAAUUUUCAGGGAUUCAGUAUAGCUUUAAUUCGUAGAUUUGCCUUUUCUCUUCUCCAAUGCCUUAAAAUGUUACAUCGAGAGAGAAUAAUACACUGUGAUCUAAAGCCAGAAAACAUAUUACUACGACAACGAGGUCAAAGUUCCAUUAAAGUCAUAGACUUUGGAUCCAGUUGUUACGAACACCAAAGAGUGUACACGUACAUCCAGAGUCGGUUUUACCGCUCGCCCGAGGUGAUCCUGGGGUUACCCUACUCCAUGCCGAUAGACAUGUGGAGCUUUGGCUGUAUCCUGGCGGAGCUGUACACGGGGUACCCCCUGUUCCCCGGGGAGAACGAGGUGGAGCAGCUGGCCUGUAUCAUGGAGGUCCUGGGACUCCCCAGUGGCAACGUGCUGGAUCAGGCCACCAGGAGGCGCCUCUUCUUUGAUUCUAAAGGUAACCCGAGGUGUAUCACGAACAGCAAAGGCAAGAAGAGGCGGGUCGGGUCGAAGGACCUUCAGCAGGCGGUCAAGACUUGUGAUGCUAACUUCCUGGACUUUAUCAGGAGAUGUCUCGAAUGGGACCCUAAUAUCCGGAUGACUCCGGAGGAGGCCCUGCAGCAUGACUGGAUCAAGGAGGGCUUGGUAAACAGGAAGGCAAGGGACUCCAACCGGUCGCAACAGAAGGCGUCCCACCGCCCGUCCCCUGCUGUGUCUGAUCAGAACAGUGACCACCACAAGCCAACAGACCCCUACAAAGUCCCCGCACAGGUCCCUGGCAAAGAGCGUCAGAAGAGUGACGAAUGGAAGGUCAGUCUAAAGGAGAGGAAACAGAGUGCCAAACGAGUUCCCCCUGUGGGGGCCUCGGCCGAUCACACUCAUGAGGAGCAUAGUGCUAGAGGGCCCCAUUAUUUUACAGCUCCCAGUGCCAAGAGUACUAAGGGCAGCGCCAGGAAGGAGGAUAGCCACAACGUGGUCAGUGAGGAGGUGAAGAGCCUGGCCCCGGGGCACCCCCACCACUCCAAGGCUGACCCAAACAACACAGAGGACUCAAAAUUCUUGCCACCCAUUGUGAAAUAAACCUUCCCUGUGAAUGAAGCAAUAAAUUCUACCUGCAUAAUUGUUUUAAUGCUCUCACAAUGGACAUUGUAGUACUGUACUUACAUUGUUAACAGAAAUUUUUUGUUGGAAACAGACUUUAUUUUUUGGAAGAUUGUGUAUUACAUUUUGACAUGUAUUUUUUGAUGUAUCUGAUUUUAGAAUCCCAAAAUAAUGACUACCGGUACAAUAUGGCAGUCAUAUAGAUUAUACAUUGUGAUCCGUCCAAGCCAUUCAGUUUUCUUCUAUGCAUAUUUGCAAGAGAUUUUUACCCCAAUUCUAGCUAGGUAUUUACUCAAAAACAUGAUGUUCAAGCACCCUAAGCAGUAUUAUAAUUUCUAUGAUGUCCAAUGUAGAUGUAUUUAUAUAUGUGCAUUCAAGAUCAGUAUUGAGAAUGUAUAAGUAGUCCAAUGUAGGUCAUAUUUAUGUUCCCAAUGUGUAUAGCAAGUGCUAUCAUAUAGAAUUAUUUUAGCUUUUACAUGCAUUUAAAUGAAUUAAGAACACAAUGCAUUUAUUGAAAGUCAUAUGUUUUUAUUUUUAUUAUUGUUACACAUCUGUUAUUUAUUAUAUGUCCAGUUUUAUAUUUCAUUAAUAGCUCAAUUGGUCUUUGUGUAUAGGCUUUCUGUAUAUUAUGUUUACUGUGUAUAUAAGGCUAUGUUUACUGUAUACAUAGGCUAUGUUUACUGUGUACAUAGGCUAUGUUUACUGUGUACAUAGGCUAUGUUUAGUGUAUACAAAUGCUAUGUUUACUAGGUACAUAGGUUAUGUUUACUAUAUACAAAUGCUAUGUUUACUAGGUACAUAGGCUAUGUUUACUAUAUUCAUAGGCUAUGUUUACUAUGUACAAAGGCUAUGUUUAAUAGGUACUUAAGCUAUGUUUACUAGGUUCAUAGGCUAUGUUUAUAUGUACAUAGACUAUGUUUACUGUGUUCAUAGGCUAUGUUUAUAUGUACAUAGACUAUGUUUACUGUGUUCAUAGGCUAUGUUUACUAUGUUUCCGUCCAUCUACUUGUAUCUUGUAAAGAACUUGGUUACAUAAAUUGUUGUCCCAAUACAUAGGGGAGAAGAGUCAUCGUCAUAAUGGAUGACAUUCAUCAUAUCUACCGACAGUUUGAACUGUAUCAACAGUCAAUACCAAUUCUUGACUUAUUGUCCUGAAAAUUGUUAUACUUUGACCAAAUUUCAGUCAUGUACAGAGUACCAGUAUUUGAAAGGUUAAAUAUUUCACUAAGUAAAAUCAAUCAUGUAUUUUCUCCAGUCAGUAUGUGUUAACAGCUUUACAUCUUAUGAAUUUCUUAUACAAGAUCCAACACACUAAACAUAAUGGUAUUUCACUUUGCCAAAGUAGAUGUACUUUCUGGUUGGUUUUCAGGGAUGUUGUUAAGCGAUGUUUUACGUCUUUGUUCUUUAAAUAAUGAUCAAGGUGUUAUCAGUACCAGUACUAGAUUUACAUAUUUUAUUGUAUCAAAAGGUCUUCUUUUUUUUACAUUAGAUUUUCAUUUUUUGUAAUUUUAUUUUUUAAGACUGAUUUGGAUUCAAUGACAUUUAAUGAAUUUGAUUUUUAAAACUCGAGGAUAAAUAAGUAUAAGUUUCUAGUCUUAGAAUUUAUCAACUUAGAAGACAGGCAUCCUAGUUUAGUAGAACUCAGUGCUUAAAGAAAGUGUCUACCGUUAGAAAAUUGGCAAACCAUAGGUUAGCUUUUUUUUAUUAAUAGUUUUAUUUAUUAUGUCUUUGGUUGAAUGGUUCUUCUAGUUUAGCUUUUUAUUUUCGGUAGUUAAGAAGAAUUGUUUAAUUCUAAGACUUGUCCUCAGACGAAUACAAGUACAGAUGUACUUAUCAAGUACAGAGCAAUAGGACCUACAUAGUCCUCUUCCAUGAUCAGAUAUUGUGAUAAUCUUUGUGCAAUAUACAUUUUUAGGUUAGGUAUUUUUUUCAUUGUUUUUGAGUGGAUGCUCUGCUGACAGACAUCAAUACUUGAUGUCAUCUGUCAAUGAGCAGGGCUCUUUAUCCAACACAGAUAAUGGCCAGCACUUCUUACAUCAGCAGGAGUAAUUGUAGGGUUUUCUAGACAUUUCACUCAUCUGUCUGCCUGUACCUGCAGGAAAGUGGUACAUUGGCUGUAUACCGUUUACCCAGAUUCUCCAUUACCGACUCUGCCCCCAGAUUCAUUCCUGUGUCCGACAGGGAGCCAUUAUCGAUAUUUCUUGUUACAAUCUGUUAUGUUUGUGUGAUGAAGUUAUAGUGAGCAAAUCCAUAAUAAAGCCAGUAAAAAUCAA